AAAUUAAUCAAUAAUGUUGAUUGAAGCUGGCAUGCAGCAGUGAUGGUCAUUAACAAACUCUGUACCGUUCGGCUUAUGUUUCAGCCAAAGCGGCAAUGAUUUUCGUUCGAUUUCAAAUUUCGUCUCUCAAGGGCUUUUCAAGUUUUCACUUUAGGUUAUUAAAAGAUUGUGAAAGCAUCAAUCAUGUUACUGUUUCCAUUGAUAGCGAUCUGCCUAAUUUCACAAGGCCAAGCAUUCGACUGGAGGGAUUACGAUGAUGUGAUUGGAAAGUCAAUUUUGUUCUUUGAGGCCCAGAGGUCGGGUGAACUUCCAGGAGACAACAGGAUCGAUUGGCGUGGUGAUUCUGCUCUUAAUGACGGAAGCGACGUAGGAAUGGACCUGACAGGGGGAUGGUACGACGCCGGAGAUCAUGUCAAAUUCGGUCUUCCAAUGGCAUCAUCGGCCACUUUACUUGCUUGGGGUAUCAUCGAGUUUAAAGACGCAUACAUGGCAGCGGGCCAGUACGAAAAUGCCAAGAAGCAGUUAAGAUGGGCCACAGAUUACUUCAUCAAGUGUCACGUGUCUGAAAGUGACGAACUUUUCGUCCAGGUAGGGGAUGGGCAUGCUGAUCACUCUUCCUGGGGUCGUCCCGAAGACAUGACCAUGUAUAGACCAUCCAUGAAGAUCACACGUUCUAACCCUGGUUCUGACGUUGCAGGAGAAACUGCUGCUGCUCUGGCCGCUGCUUGUAUUGUCUUCAGGGAGACUGACUAUUCAUAUUCGGAGACUCUACGGGUGAGAGCACAAGAGCUAUUUGAGCUCGCCGACUCUUAUCUGGGUAUUUACUCCAACUCCGUUCCUGGAGCUAAUGAUUUCUACCGUUCCUCAGGCUAUAAUGAUGAGCUAGCUUUUGCCGCUGCUUGGAUCUAUAGAGCUACAGGGUAUAGUUUUUAUCUCAACAAGGCUAGGGAAUUCUACAGCUCUGGCACACCAUGGGCACUAUCCUGGGACGACAAAAACGCCGGUGUACAGAUGAUGAUGUACCAAAUUGACAAGUCCAACACAUAUCUGUAUAAGGAAGAUGUGAAAAGAUUCUUAGACAGUUGGAUGAGAGGUGGUAGUGUUCACUACACACCCAAGGGACUAGCGUGGCGAUCUGAAUGGGGACCGCUUCGCUAUUCAGCCAACACUGCUCUCAUCGCCGCCAUAGCAUGUAAAGAGAAGAUCGACAACUACCAAGAGUAUUGUGAUUUUGUAAGAACUCAAAUAGACUAUAUGCUCGGUUCGUCAGGCCGAAGUUACGUCAUCGGAUUUGGAAAUAACCCACCUCAGCGUCCCCAUCACCGAUCAAGUUCCUGUCCCGACCGUCCUGCGUCCUGUGACUGGAACAAUUACAAUUACGACGGACCAAACCCGCAGACUCUCACCGGAGCCCUGGUCGGCGGACCCGACAGCAAUGACAACUACGAAGACAGGCGUGAUGACUACAAGAGUAACGAGGUCGCUUGCGACUACAAUGCCGGCUUCCAGUCCGCUGUGGCUGGCCUUAGGCAUUAUCUACUCUAGCUAUAACUUGCAUUUUACAUGAAGGAUAGUCGGAUCCAGGAUUUCAUAAUUAGGCGUACAGAAGUAAAUUUAUCAAUUUCGUUUGCCAAAUCUU